GGAGAAAUUAGGGUUUAUGCGAGCUAGGGUUUCGUGCGCGCAAUAAUGUCGUCGGGGAUGGACGCCUUCAGUGGCGAUGAGACGGCGCCAUUCUUUGGAUUCAUCGGCGCUGCCGCAGCUCUCGUCUUCUCUUGCAUGGGAGCUGCCUAUGGCACUGCCAAGAGCGGCGUGGGCGUGGCGUCCAUGGGCGUCAUGAGACCGGAGCUCGUGAUGAAAUCGAUCGUCCCGGUGGUGAUGGCUGGAGUUCUCGGCAUCUACGGCCUUAUCAUCGCGGUGAUUAUCAGCACUGGGAUCAAUCCCAAGGCGAAAUCCUACUACCUCUUCGAUGGCUACGCGCAUCUCUCUUCCGGAUUGGCUUGCGGGCUUGCUGGUCUCUCGGCUGGGAUGGCGAUUGGAAUUGUUGGAGACGCUGGAGUGAGGGCCAACGCUCAACAGCCAAAGCUCUUCGUGGGCAUGAUCUUGAUCCUCAUCUUCGCCGAGGCGCUGGCUCUCUACGGAUUGAUCGUGGGGAUCAUUCUUUCAUCCCGAGCUGGGCAAUCGCGAGGCUAGAAGUAAAUUAUUCCAUCGACACAUCAUGGUCUCUACGUGUAAGAAGAACAAGAGGGAAGAACUUUUUGAGGUCUGUGCCUUUAAUCCGGGACCCUUAGGUUCUCUCCAGAUUUACUUUUGGUCUUCCUCUUCCUCGUAAUAAAACGUGGCAAUUUUCCUUC